CAAGGCGUCACCACAAAUACAAGGGCACACAUACACAUAAGCAUAGGAUAACAUAACACGGAUCCUCUGGGCAUCAACGUGUCCUGCUACUCCACCUCUACCACACCGCCGCUCCCCUUGCGGCCUGCGCCCAUCGAAUCUUAGCUUGGCUGGCGCUGGACAAUGGAUUCCGGGAGCACGGAGAUCCUCGUUGAAAACGGCUGCUUCCGACUAUACAAGGACGGCCACAUCGACCGUGUCGGAGGCACGGACAACGUGUCCGCCGGCUUCGACGCCGACACCGGCGUCACCUCCAGAGACGUCGUGAUCGACGCCGUCACCGGCGUCGCCGUUCGCCUCUACCUGCCAGACAUCCAUGCCGCUGAAUCCGACGGCACCGACAUCUGCACCGCCGCGGUCACGAAGCUCCCGAUCGUCGUCUUCUUCCACGGCGGUUACUUCAUCGUCGGAUCUGCCGGCUGCCCUAAGCACCACCGCUACGUGAACUCGCUGGCCGCCGACGCCCGCGCCAUCGUCGUCUCCGUCGACUACCGCCUCGCGCCCGAGCACCUGCUCCCGGCGGCCUACGACGACUCCUGGGCCGCGCUCAACUGGGCGGUGUCCGGCGCCGACGCGUGGCUGUCCGAGCACGGCGACCUCGGCCGCGUCUUCUUGGCCGGCGCCAGCGCCGGCGGGAACAUAGCCCACAACAUGGCCAUCGCGGCCGGCGCGAGCAGCCUCUUCGCCGCGGCGACACGCCUAGAGGGCGCGGUCUUGCUCCACCCUUCCUUCAGCGGCGAGCAGAGGAUCGAGGCGGAGUCAGAGGAGUACAGGGCGAGCGUCAAGAUGCGGUGCUCCGUGAUCUUCCCCGGCGCGAGGGGCGGGCUGGACGACCCGAGGAUGAACCCGACGGCCGACAGCGCGCCGAGCCUGCGGACGCUGCCGUGCGGGAGGAUGCUGGUGUGCGCGGCGUCGGAGGACGCGAGGCUGCCGAGGGUGCGGGCGUACUACGACGCCGUGAAGUCCAGCGGGUGGUCUGGGCAAGUGGAGUGGUUCGAGUCGGAAGGCAAGGAGCACGCCUUCUUCGUCGACGAGCAUGGCUGCCGCGAGGCGGUUGCGCUCAUGGAACGAGUGGCUGGUUUCAUCGCCGGCCAUUAAUAACCGGGCUCUCAAAUGUUAAGUGAUUUUCCGAAAAAUAAAUGUGAAGUUAUUUUGACUUCACUCAGUAUCUUAGUUAGUAUAUGAAAUGGAAACUGAAUGGUGGAAAGUUUUCUCUCA